UUGAUGUGAUACAGUUAUUAUAAACGGAGCGUCGAGACGUCCGGAGUGUCGCAUUUUAAAGCGGUGAAUGGAACAGCUUAAGCGAAUAGUGCUCGGCUACGACGAGUUUUUGUGUAAUCUAUUAAUCGUCAAUUGUGACGGAUCGAACACACCAGGCCUGAUGGAGCCAGGUACUCAACGAGAACUGCAUACAGCAGAUCCCAACCUCCGCUUGCUCCGUCAAGGCCAGUCCUGAGUAUCGGGUGUUCAACUCAACCCGCAACUCACCCAACAUUACUCCACCCUCCCCUUUUCUACUCCUUCUACCCAUCUCAGCCCACCCCUGGCUCUUCUACCAGCCCUCCCGCUCGCUCCCGAGAUGAUUGGCAAGCUGAAGCAGAAUUUACUAGUGGCCUGCUUGGUCAUCAGCUCCAUCACAGUCUUCUACCUGGGGAGGCACGCUAUGGAGUGCCACCACCGGAUUGAGGAGCGCAGCCAGCCACUGGUCAGCAGCUUGCGCACCACCCUUCACACGGGCCAGAACCUCAGCAACCCCUUCAUCUACAAUAAAGACAUGCCUCUUGUAUUUAUUGGUGGUGUUCCUCGCAGUGGUACCACUCUAAUGCGGGCCAUGCUGGAUGCUCACCCUGAAGUACGUUGUGGGGAAGAGACCCGUGUCAUUCCUCGCAUUCUGGCUAUGAAGCAGAUGUGGAGUCGCUCUGGGCGGGAGAAGAUGCGUCUAGAUGAAGCCGGAGUAACGGACGAGGUCUUGGACUCAGCAAUGCAGGCUUUCUUGUUGGAGAUCAUUGUAAAGCACGGGGAGCCAGCAGCCUACCUGUGCAAUAAAGACCCUUUUGCCCUUAAAUCCCUCACCUACCUUGCUAAGAUUUUCCCCCAUGCUAAGUUCAUCCUUAUGAUCCGUGACGGCAGGGCCUCCGUCCACUCCAUGAUCUCCCGCAAAGUCACAAUCGCCGGGUUUGACUUGAGCAGCUACCGGGAUUGCCUAACAAAGUGGAACCGGGCCAUAGAGACAAUGUAUACACAGUGCCUAGAGGCAGCGGACAAGUGCCUUCCUGUGCACUAUGAACAGCUUGUCCUACACCCAGAAAAGUGGAUGAGGACACUUCUAAAAUUUCUCAACAUUCCUUGGAACGAGGCAGUUCUGCAUCACGAGGAUCUCAUUGGAAAAGUAGGAGGCGUUUCACUCUCCAAGGUAGAGAGAUCCACAGACCAAGUGAUCAAGCCUGUCAAUGUGGAGGCCUUAUCCAAGUGGGUGGGUAAAAUCCCCCCAGAUGUGCUGCGGGACAUGGCAGUUAUCGCCCCCAUGCUGGCCAGGCUUGGUUAUGAUCCCCACGCCAACCCCCCCAACUACGGCCGGCCCGACCCCCUUGUCCUGGACAAUACUAGAAGGAUUCAGAAAACAGAAAACUCAAACCCAAGAUAGGAGGAGAAGAAGACUUUACCCGUAGACGUGGGGUCUUACUCAGCUGCUGCACUCUUCCUGUGUUUCAGGGUUGAGUAGAAGCAGAUGCCGUGGGACCAUGAUGGACUUACUGUACAUCACCCAUGCUAUGCUGGGACCACCAUGCAUGGAAACACUUACAAACACACACAGGACUUUGGGUCCGGACCACUCUCUGUAGGACAGUUUGGCCUUUGGUGUUGUACUGUAACAAUUGUGGCCUAAGAAUGUCAUUGCUGUUCUUAAUAUUUUGUCUUUUUCAUUUCUAUUUUUCCACUCUGCUCUUUUGAUUUCCUGGCUUCAUAAACCUGUGAUUCUGUUAUAAGAAAAUACAGUGGACUAAUUGAUUAGCAAAAGGAAGUAUUUAUGGAGAAAAGUUAGCUUUAGAAUACAAGAUGCAAUCUCUAUUUUAAUGUGUUUUUUAAUGCCUUUGUAAUGUGCAAUUUCUUGAGUACUGAUUGAUGUACAAGAUCUUGAGCUAUUGAGAGUUUGUAGAGAUAGAUCUGCAUUUUUGUUCUCUGCAUUCACAACGGAGUGACCUUAUGUACAUUGAGAGUUGUAAUAAAUGACCUGUCAGUGUAAAUCUGUACAAAAUGUCUUUGUGGCACUAUAAAAUAUUGUUCUGUUUGUUUGAGUAUCCCGAUGGUCCACCUCAGUAACAUUAAUCAAUGAUGUGCAUUUGGGGAGGGACUACCUGUUUGAUCAGCGGUAGACGGGGAGGAAUGUUUAUUUUUGCAAUUCCGUUUGGCACUUCCGCUUUAAUUAAAAUCAUAAAGAGAAAGUCCACUUUUCAAAUGACCAAAAUAGGUGCAUAGUUAAGAUUAGUUGGAGCUUAUUUGAAACCUUUCAACCUCUGUCCAUUAGUUGCUUAGUAAGAAACAAGACUGGGUGUGCCAAGGAAAACAGGAUGUGCAAUAACUAAAGCGCAAUUAAGUGACUGUUAACCACUUUUUUUUUUUUUUUUAAGCUAUAAUUCAUUUAUUGACAUGUUACGUUUUAAUGGCUUAACAAUUUAAUGACACUUUUAUAAAUGGAUUAGGUAUGCCUGUUAAUGUAUCAAAAAUAAUAGGCUUAAUAAUUUGUUACAAAGUUCAAAUGAAUUGUUUUGGAAUGAUAGAUAAUUGUCUAAACGAUGACAAAAAUACACUAGGUUUUAGUAUACAUUCAUUGGUUCAAAAACAUAACUGUGGAUAAGAAAUAAGUAAUGCAUUGUGUUGAACAGACGAAUGCACAACUGUAAGAAAAUUCUAAAUCUCAACUUUCUUUGUAUUCUUUGGGAACUGAGAGGUUUGUUCAUAAUAAAA